AUGCAAAAGUUAAGAAUCAUCGAAGACCUUACACUAUACCUUCUAAAGUAUAUGGCUGUAUCUUCCAUCGUGUUUGGAAGGGAAUUUUCAUCGGAAAUGCAAACAUUUUGGAUUAGGUAUGUAUUCGUCAGAGUUAUAAUUUUUGAUUUCGAAAAUUGGGUUGAGAAUUCCUGUAAAUAUAAUCGAGGUAAAAAUCCUACGGCAUUAUGGAAUUUACUAUGA